AACCAAACUCAGACUUCUACUAUUUUCUAAACUAUCGAAUUUUAGCUUCAGUACUACUUGAAACCGCCACACUAUUCUGACAUUGUUAUAAAGUAACCAUGUCGUCACAGAAUAAGAUCAAAGUUGUUUGCGGGACUAUGUCUUUCGGGGCCGCCGAUACUCGGGGGUCACCACAUAUUAAUAGUGUGGAACAAGCCAGCCAAGUACUGGAAGUAUUCCAACGUCAUGGUCAUAAUGAACUGGACUCGGCCCGUUCAUACGGUGAGGGAACAACGGAGGCGCUUCUGGGCGAUCUCAACUGGCAAGACCGCGGACUUAAGAUGGACACGAAGUUAUAUCCAUCAGCAGGACACGCGCUGCAGGGAAAGGAGCGUGGUUACACGCAUUCGCCAGAGGAUGUGCGUCAGGGGCUACUUGACAGCUUGAAAGCCCUCAAGGCAGACAAGAUUGAGAUGUUCUACCUGCACGGACCGGACCGUAAGCACCCAUACGAGGAUACACUCCGCGCUGUCAAUGAGCUCCAUCAAGAAGGUUACUUCAACAGAUUCGGAAUCAGCAACUAUAUGGCGUGGGAGGUGGCGCAGAUGUGCGAGAUCUGUGACAAUCAUGGCUGGAUCAAACCUACUGCCUACGAAGGCCAUUAUCACGCACUACAACGCCGCGUCGAGGAUGAAUUGUUCCCUUGUCUGCGUCAUUACGGAAUCUCGUUCUAUGUGUAUUCGCCCCUUGCCAGCGGUUUUCUCACGGGACGGUACGAGCGAGGUCAGCCCAUUAGCAACAUGCAUCUCAAGUAUCUCUGGAACGAAGGAUACUACGAUGCCAUGGAUGUCAUCAAGCCCGUGGCGCAGAAGUAUGGGAUGACUGUCGCUGAGAUGGCACUGCGCUGGCUCGUUCAUCAUUCGGCACUGAAGAAUGAGCUGUCUGAUGCUAUUAUUCUGGGUGCCGGGAGCCUUAAAAAUCUAGAAAAUAACUUGACCGACCUUGAAAAGGGCCCUCUUACUGAAGAAGCUGUGAAGGCUUUGGACGAUGCGUGGUUUAUUUGCAAGCCGCGCGCUCCCAAAUAUUGGUAUUGAGUUACCUUGAAGGCGAAUUUAUUAGACAGAAAGAAUACAUUUAUGCGUCAAACAAGACUCUGACCAUUUUGAGCGCUCCUUAGCUCUACUCUCAAAUUGAAAUAUUU